CAAAAACUGAAACAAAACAGGCAGACGGGAAGAAAUGGGCGGGCUUUGGUUUUUGCAGGGAAGUUCAGUGAUUGGUUUGAACUUUUCACAGACUCCAACCAAUAAGCGAACGAUAGGCACGUAUAAGUGCUGAAAACCACAAACUCCAUCUCAUAUUUCCUUCGUGUUUUUAUAAUAGUGAGGAUUUUAUAUCUUAAGUAACAAUGAGCGGAAGAGGCAAAACUGGCGGUAAAUCAAGAGCGAAAGCCAAGACUCGGUCAUCCAGGGCGGGCCUUCAGUUUCCCGUCGGCCGUGUUCACAGGCUACUUCGCAAAGGUAACUACGCACAACGCGUCGGUGCCGGAGCUCCAGUUUAUCUCGCCGCUGUCCUCGAGUAUCUCACCGCUGAGAUCUUGGAGUUGGCCGGAAACGCCGCUCGGGACAACAAGAAGAGUCGGAUCAUUCCCCGCCAUCUACAGCUGGCCGUGCGUAACGACGAGGAGUUGAACAGACUUCUGGGCGGCGUGACGAUCGCGCAGGGCGGUGUAUUGCCCAACAUCCAGGCGGUCUUACUGCCCAAGAAGACCGACAAACCCGCUAAAGCAAAGUAAACGGGGGAAAUCUCGUUUCAAACCAAAGGCUCUUUUAAGAGCCACCCACAUUAUCACUGAGAGCGCGACGAGGUUUCUGUCUUAAUCCAACGAGUUUUGUAAAAUAAUGCAUUAUCAUACACCUGCUAUAAAUGAACUCGCACUCUCCAGAUCAG